CCUCAGUUGUGCCCAUUGUACCCCGAGAGCUCAGGCAUGCCAUCUGUCUCGACUGGAAACGUUGCCGUCUGGUCUGAAAUUCGCUUUACUACUUGAGAGGAUCAAAGUUGCUGCAAUGGAGACUUCCGGGGGUGAUGCAGCGGACGCAUACUUAAGGAAACCCGAAGAAAGAGAUUAUGAUCUUGAACAUCUGCCUCCACUGCUGGAAGAUGAGGAAAACGUGUCUCUGGCAGACAUCCUUUCUUUGCGGGACAGCUGUCUGUCUGAGGAGGAGGUGUGGGCAGUGUGUGCAGAGUGUGUUCUGUCCCUGCAAAGCAUCAGACCCUCCCACCUCUUCCACACACUGUGCAUAACACCAGACACUUUGGCCUUCAACGCCCAUGGGAAUGUUUGCUUCAUGGAGCAGCUCAGUGAUGAUCCAGAAGGCUCCUUCGUGCCUCCGGAGUUUGACAACACAGGCAGCACGUUUGAGGGCCAUGUUUAUUCUCUGGGGUCGACACUUUCUGCCGCACUGAACUUUGUCAUCGAGCCAGAGCUGGAGGCAAAUCUGGGAGAAGAAAUCCAGAGGCUGUUGGAGCAGAUGCAGGAGGAGAAGCCUGAGGACCGCCCGCUCCUGCAGGACAUCCUGUCUCUGGCUGAAGCACGGCUGUCCCACACCUCCUCUGCAGCUGUGUGCCGGAAACUCUCCUCAAUCGGACGCCGCGUGCUCUCCAUUGAAUCCGUUUCAAACUUUCAAGAUGGGCAGGAAGGCUCCUGGGAGGCGAGAUGGCAGCAUUCCAAACCUAAAUGUCUUCUUAAAAGACUGAGCUCAGAUGACGGCACCAAAGACCUGCGUGAUAGUUCUGUUAAGACGAAUGGUCUGUCCAGGCAGCAGCUGUGUGGGGGCUGGGAUUCCUCUCUCUGGGCUGAGGACAUGGAGGGGAGUGAAAGAGACAGCUUGAUCCUGACAGAUGAGAUGGAUUGCCGUUCUCACAACAGCUCCCCAGUGAGGAGGAGAGCGCAGCAGAGGCUGAACAGAGUGAGGGGGGCCCUUAACCGCUCCUGUUCUGUCCCGGACUCCAACAACCCCCCCUGCUUCUCCCCUCCAAGUCAUGGAGAUAUCAGUAUACCAGUUUCAGACCUCACUGAGAUAGGAGCGGACGAGCACUUGAGCUGCAAGUCUGCGUGGAGUAAACAACUUCAGAGACUCAGCCGGGGGAUGUCCUGUGAGUCGUACCCACACUGUAACUCUGAGGACUGUGGGGAAAUGUCCCAAGAAAAUGAGGAUGCCACAGAGACUGGACAAACCGAUAUUCAGGAGUGCCAUGAAAGUCAGUCUAAGGAGUACACCCAGGACUUAGCAUCAUCCUGUACUUCCCUGAAUAUGGAUCAGGACUCUUCUGAAGACCAGACUUCAUUGAACCACAGUCUAUACAUUCCUAAUAACUACAUGACCAAAAGCAUGCUGUGCCUGAAUGAAGAAUCUCAGGAUGAGUGGAUCUCUCUAAGAGAGCUGCUUACUCGUUGCGGACGGAGGCUGACAGUUAAUGAGCUGUGGGCUCUGUGUUACACCUGUCUAACCUCACUGCAGACCUACAUUGACUUUCCAGCCUAUUUAUGCCUGGACACGAUGCAUGUGGGCUGCGAGGGGGAAGUGCUUUUUUUGAAACCUAAAAACAUAGGAUCUAGAGAUGAAUUUUAUCUUGCUCCUGAAUAUCAAGAGCAUGGAAUAGUAACUGAGAAGGUUUGUGUGUAUGGGGUUGCUGCCAUACUCUGGGCCACAGCCAAGUUCACUUUAUCGCCUAAUCAAAAACUGGCGAUGCCUCGCAAACUAAAGAGACUGCUCCUGGAGAUGGCUAAGAGGACGCCUAUUGAGAGACCUACCAUCGACAUGGCUAAAAAAAGUUGUCGUGAUUACCUAUCACAACAGGGGACAAAUGCUGAGACUGUGUGGAACAACCUCAUCAGCAGAGUUCACCCGCCGGCCUCAAAGUCCACGGACUCAGAAGAUUUGGAGGCAACUGAAACUCAUCAAAACUCGUAUGAAGAGUCUGUUAAAAACAGCAGUGGCUUUGUCCCCAUGGCCACUGAGAGCCGACUGGCUCCUGUGCCUGGCCCUGUUCCCCACAGCUAUCCAGUCAAUCAGGAACUCCAGCUCCCAGAAGCAUUCACUUCCACCGCCACACACUUCACCCCCAUCAUCCUGACCACUGAUGGAGACUUAGAGGGGGGUGACCAACAUUUUGGAGAUGGAACUGAAGGGGCUGUGGAUGGAUUUACGAAAGGCAGUGAUCAAAUUGUGAAAAGCAGCCUUGAUUUCACGCCACCCUCUGAGGACCCAUUUCCUCCACACACUGAACCCAAUCUCCGUACUCAAGAGACAGUCAAAACUACGCCUUCUACAACUCCCAGCAACAAGAUGCUGGUCGACUCCCCUUCUGCUCUCCCCGAUGUUUCUUAUCUUGAAGUCUCUGUUUCUCUGCCAUUAUCCACUAACCUCGGCAGCUGUGGUGUUUUCAAUAAUUACCUCUUUCGGCAGGACCCCUCAACAGGUCAUCUUUCUCUAGUGCCUGUGCAGGUCAAGGCUCCCGAGUCUGUUCUCGGGUUGGAUAUAAAUCUCUCUUUGGUCCCUCGGCCUUUGCAGGGGCUAAUCACAGUUCCAGAGAGCACUGAUGGUUCCUUUAUUGACUGCCUGAAUGUACCUGUCAGGCCUGGACAUCAGGAGUAUGAACCACCAUCAUCUUAUUUUAGUGGGAGCUCAGUCAUUUCCGACCGUUGCCUGGAGCACACUGUGCUUGGAGCACACAGUGGCCAAACCAAUCCAAGAACACAAGGUGAGAACCAGUCUUCUCUAAAGUGCAGCUCCCUAAAGGUCCACCCAGCCUUACAGGAGGUGAUUGAUCUGCUGAAGGGGGAGUUUUCCCUUGAUGGAUAUUUGGACAAUGGACAUGGGGACAUUGCCAUGGGGGAGUUCAUCUUCUCUUUGAGGGACCUCCAAUACCGUGCGUUCGCCAGCGCUGUGAAGGAGAGAUUCAGUGAUCUGUACUGGGAAGAUGACUUACUGGGUGUAUUGCAUUGCUUGGUAAACUGCAGCACUUCUACAUUCAGCUCUAAUGAGCAGCCUCCGUCAGCGGCUGUGGAAAGGGCAGCCCUUACCCCACCCUUGAUAGCUGCUGUCAGGAGAGGGAAGAGAGAAGUUUGCCUGAACAGCUGUCUUGAUCUGAAUGGAAACAUUCACCCAGCCAGUGCUGUUGCUGGGGAGUUUUGGGAAAGGACCGAGGCCUUGUCCUGUCAUGGAGAAAAUAGGACUGUACUCGAGGAUGUCAGAUUGAGUUCAGAGCAAAAUCAGCGCUGCAUCAGUGAAGUUCCAGGCGUGAGCGUUGACAGUUCAGACUCGGGGGUCAUGGAAGGAAGAGGUCAUUCAGUGGGGGGCAGCGAUGAAAGCCCCUCUGAAGCUGAGGUUCUAUCAGAGAGAGAGGAAAGGCUCACAGGAGCCCACGAUGAGCAGAUGAGCCCAGACUACUCUGAGGACAUGGAGGACAGCGACUCUGUGGCAUCAGAGCGGCUUCUCCCCCCUGGAUUCAGAGCAGAGGGUCUGGGCCUCAGCUCGAGCCCGGACUGGGCCUUAGCCUUCUUUGGCGAGGAUUGCUUUAGUCCAGAUGUAAUCCAGUAUGCAGGAAAUCUGGGACAGCACACCGGAUCGCCGUGUCUGGAUGUGAAAGCACAGGAACUGCAGCAGCAGCUGGUGAUUGAAACAAGGAAUCUAAAGAAAACAAGAAAUUUCUACCAGAAGUUGAUUCAACAAGAGAGGAAGAACAAAGGUGCUGAGAGCAAGCCGAUGCUCUCUAAACUCAAGUCACAGCUUGAAGAACUCAGAUCCAAAGUAGCCUUCUUGGAUUGUGUGAAGAAAUACCUCGAGAUUCUCAGUGUGGACCAGUGGGGUUUGGAGCUUUCGUUGCUGCCCUCUUUGGCUGUCUGUGGACUCGAGUCUUUGGACCUUGAAUCCUCUGAGGACCCUUCUGUCCUGAGUUUCAAUACCAGCAAAGGGAAGAGCGCUCUGCAGGCUGGAUCUCCUUCGGGCCUCAUGGCUUACCUCUACGCCAGAAAUGCUGCUGUGGAGGGCUACAUCCAGCGGUUCCUGUACACGUAUCGUUUCUUCUGCACUCCUGAGCAGUUACUGCAGUUCAUAAUGAAUAAAUUCAUCAGUGCUGUAAGGGAGGGUCCAGAUUUGUCAGGAGACAGCGAAAAGGUCUUCCAUCGGAGUUUGCACCUGCUCCACUUCUGGAUAACAGACUGUAAAACAGUGGACUUUGCACCCAACUCCGACCUCGUGGAUAUGUUAGAAAAGUUCCUUAAUACUGAGGUGAUUCCUGUAGACAACCAAGGGGAAGCUCUUCUUCUUGGUCUUCACAGCCCUCCAAGUAUGAGUGCUACAAGUCAUCUGACAGUGAGCCUAGUCAGCUUUGAUGAAGUUGAUGACGCUGUGUGUUUGCAUUCAUCUACUGAGGAUCUUGGUAAAAAGUGGAGGAUCUCGCGGGUGGUGGAGCCCUCUGCAUCCAUGUCUAAAGAGAAGGCCUUCUCUAUUGCUGCGGCUCUGCCUAUGCCCUGUCACCGCUCCCUGAUGGAUGAGCUCUCCAGCGCUUGCUUGCACAAUGAGGAGCGACUCCCCUUCAGCCAGAAUGAGUACAGCGCACAGCACAUAGCCCAACAGCUCACCCUCCUGCAGCAGGAAAUGUUCCAAGGAUGCCAUCCAGUUCAUUUCCUCAACUCCAGAAUACAAGGAGUCAGGGACAAAGUCUUGAACCCGAACAAGAAUGUGGCACAGCACAUUCCACCAGCAGAGGGAAGCAGUGGGCUUGCACACGAGGGGCCACCUUCAGACAGCUGCCUUCAGCGGCUGCUCAUGUAUGCUGAUAGCGUCACUAACUGGAUCUCUGCUGAAAUAGUCAUCUGCGACUCUGUCAAGAAACAAGUUGCUUUGCUGACCAAGUAUCUCUGGAUAGGAAAACACUGCUACGAGUCGAGGAACUUUGCCACGGCCAUGCAGGUCCUCGGUGGUCUGGAGAACGUGAUUGUCAGGCAAUUACCGGCUUGGAAACAUCUGUCAUCCAAGGUGUGCGAGAUCCUGGAGGAGCUACGAGCCGUGCAGGUUUUUCUGAAGAGUGAUGAUCUUUGUCUCAUGGGAGGUGAACAUACAGCAAAGAAGCCCACACUGCCUUCAGCCCACAUCCUUGCCAUGCACGUGCAGCAGCUGGAGAUCGGAGCUUUCACUCUCACUACCGGGGCUUACAAAUGGACCAAACUGAGGAGCAUAGCAAAGGUUGUGAGUCAGGUCCAUGCCUUCCAGGAGGCUGUGUACCCUUACAGCCCAGACCGGGACCUGCAAGCCUACCUUCGCCGCCGCAUCGCCCGGUUCGCCACCUCUGACAUCCACCUCUUGGCCGCCAACAGCGAUGCCAACUUCCAGCAGUCGAGCGAGCGCCAGACUCGGAGGAUACAGGACACACUGAGGAGAGUGAAGGCCACCUUCCAGUGAGACGUGCCUUAAUCACACUUCUCAGCCUGGACUUCGAGGUCACCUACAGGUCCACACCUGGACAUAUCCAAGCCCAAACUAAGGCGCCAUGCCCAAACCGCAGUGAGCAGAUGCUCCCCGGUCCUGGACUGGGAAAUAUUUUCUGAUGUUAUUCACUGUUUGUCAAACACUCCUUAACUUAAGUGAGUAAAAUAGAAUCUGAGGUGAACUUGGUUCACAGCUCACUUUUUUAUGAACAGGUUCUGCUGUUUUUCUCACAUGCUUGAUUUUUAUGUUAGCAUUGUUCCUAUAUACCAACAGGAGUAGAGGGUAAUGUUUGUAUUUGCAAUGAUUCUUCCUCAGCUGAUACUGACAUUCUUUCUCAAUAUUUUUCAAAUGACCCUGAAAUUUAGCUGUUUAAGCCUGUAAAUAGUCAUAUCUGGACUAAAUGCGGUGGCGCUGUAUGUCCAACAACAAGGCCUGAUAAAAAAAGCGUGGCAAAGUGGGUUAUUGUGGGAGGGCGUGAGACCCCUAAAAGCCAAAAAUUCUUUAUAUAGCAGUGUGGUAAUAUGAUCAAUUAUAGGAUGUUUAGAAUAUGCACCACUUAACCAAAAUAUCAACUGAUAUGUAAUGAACCUUAAGGGGGACUUCAGUGACUAAAACUGUCACCUCAUAAUCUAUAUGAAAAAGCUUUUCCACAUUCAAUAAGGCUAUCAAUAUAUUCACAUUACAAUUUACAGAUCACAGCAGAUCUAUAAAGUCUAAGAAGCUUCACAUUAAGAGUUUUUGUAACUUCUUUGCAAUUCAAAUAAUUUUCCUUCACAGCAGUUUCUAUACUUUUCAAAGGCAUCCACAGGGCUGAACGGGACCCUCUGGCAGGCGGGUUCUGGUUGCAUGUUUGACAUUUCUGCUUUAGUUGGUAGCACACUAAUAAAAGUUUGUGAUGUAACUCAAAAUUUAGGAACACGUUAAACUUUGAGCGUCAACGUGGCUCACAAACUUCAGCAUGUUUGCACUGUCAUUGUGAGCAUGUUAGAAUGCUGACGUUAGCAUUUAGCACAAAGCACUGGUGUGUCUAAGGAUAGCCUCUCAGAGCUGAUGAUCGUUGCGCUUGCCAUAAGAGCUGGAUAUCAGUUUCAAAAACAGUGCCUGCUCAACUGCACUUAAUAUUGCUCGCCAGCCCAUAAGCCAAAAAGGUCUCCUAGCUUCUAGAGACAUCAUUUUCAAGUAAAUGACGCUGUUGUGUCAGUUCUUUGGGAUUUUUAUCCUAGGCUAGGAACAUAAUCACACCGCCUGGACUUUGUCAUAAAUCGUCUUCUUUGGUUUCAUUGUGACUAUUGUUGAUCUCAAAGAUGGUCUCCAACCUGUGAAAGAUGCAGGUUCUGUUCUAUUUUAUACACAAACAUGAAUGAAGUAAUUGUGUCAAAACACAGUUAAAGAGAGAGAUAAAUACUGUGAUUCUGCACAAACAGCAGUCACCGAGUAAAGUGAAUGUGACUGAGAGAUUAUUGGACACUCCAUUAUUUCAGCUCAUAUUGUGCUCACAAGGUGCAUAUUCCUCAAUUAUUCCAGGCCACACAGCAAACUUAUGAAACCUGUGUAACUGCAGCAGAGAAAUAUGGUGCAUAAUGCACAGGAAGUAGUGGAGGCAAACAGGUUGCAAAUUUUUAAUCCAGCCAUCUCAAUCAUACAAAUAAAAUCAGUUUACUGUUGCUGAAUUGUGUUUCACUUGUAGAAAACUGAGCAAAUACGAAGCAGGGUCAUUUCUUUUUGUCUUUUUCAAAUUUCAACACAGAAAUGGGAGCAGAUCAAUUAAAGGAGAACUCUCAAUGUUCGAUCCCUGCAGUGAAGGGAUCCAGUGGCACAGUUUGGUGCCACUUGUCCCCAAAGAGGAAAGGGUUUUUUUCUGAAUGAUCGCCUUAUUUUUUAUAAUAAAACAUUUCCAUCUAUCAUGAGAGUGCUUUUCUCCAGGAUGACAGUGGCCCUGUCCACUGGUCUGAUGUGUUACACGGCGCUCUCCACCACCACUGCCAUCAUAAAAACACCAAAUCAGGGAUGUUUUUUGGAAGAAUGGCUUUCCAUCCCUCCGGUAGCUUUCCAGACAUUUGAAAAUCAGUGCCAAGGAGCACUGAAGAUAUUCCUGUGUCACAUGGUGGGCAGACGGCUUCAUGUUGUUCUUCCUUUCAUUGGUCACAAGUCUAUAGCUUCUAUUUGUUUACCAAUUAGGAUCUGAAAUAAGAAUUACAUGACUAGAUUGAUGAAAUAUAAUUUAUAUUUAUAUUUAAACAAUGCAAUGUGUAAUAAUUGCAUUCAUUAAGAAUAGUGUGUGAAAAGCAAGAGACACGCUUGCAGUUAUGACAAAAACUUACCAUUACCGAGCAAAUGAUGGACCGUAAUGAGAUGUCAGCGUGCAAAAUGUUAUUGGAGGAACGAUGUUCAGUCUGUGUCUGCUGUCUGUUUUCCUGCCCGCGCUCUCGCCUCUGUGGAGAUGGAAUAUGACAUGCUAUGAAGAUUUGCUUAAUUUAGCCAAAUAAAUGAGAUUUUAUAAUC